AUGCACGUGGGGAAGGGUAUAAAGUGCGUUCAAACCGCUUGCGGAGGUCGACGAGUGGGUAAAAGCGCUAGAGCGCGUCUAGGUUGUUGCAGACAGACAGGCAGGCAGACAGGCGUUGAAGGCGUGAGGUCAUGAUAUCGGGAUGCGGCAUUCGCAGACACAAACAAACUACCUAUCUCUCAAUCAAGCAGUCUGUCGACGACGGAUGGAUGACGGAUGGGACUUUUCUUCCUCUUUUUCUUUUUUCUCUGUACGAUUACCAUAUCAAACAGCAGCAUUGCCGGUUGGGUUGGUUCCAUUGAAUGGACUGGGCUUAUCCUCUUUUUCUUUUUUUUCGUAUUUUCUUUUUUCUUCAUAUCUUUCUUUCUUCUUUCUUCUUCCUUCGUUUCUUUCCUUUCUCCUUUCCUGCUUGCUUGUUUGUUUGCAUCAGGACAAAAAAGAACGAACGCGAUAUUAAAAUGGGUUGCACGCACUUAUGCGUUCUUUUGCUGUCUUGGCUUUUUAUGGUUCUUUUUCUUUCUUCUCGCGCGCUUUUGAUAAGAGCGGGUGAGGCUGCUUCGGCUGGCUUGUGGGU